GCGCAAUUGGCCUCCGGAGUGGCGGGGGCGGGGCCGGCUGGACGGCUGCGGGUCGCGGGCCGCGGGCUCAGAGUCUGCGGGCGCCGCGCUCCGGGAGCGCCAUGUCGUUCUGCACCUUUGCUGGGGGCGAGGUUUUCCAGAACCACUUUGAGCCGGGUGUGUACGUGUGCGCCAAGUGUGGCUACGAGCUGUUCUCUAGCCGCUCCAAGUAUGCCCACUCAUCCCCGUGGCCAGCCUUCACCGAGACCAUCCAUGUCGACAGUGUGGCCAAGCGUCCUGAGCACAACCGGCCCGAGGCCUUAAAGGUGUCCUGCGGCAAGUGUGGCAAUGGCCUGGGCCACGAGUUCCUGAAUGACGGCCCCAAGCGCGGCCAGUCCCGCUUCUGAAUCUUCAGCAGCUCGCUCAAGUUCGUCCCGAAAGACCAAGAUGCUUCUACCUCCCAGGGACAAUAGUGGGCGAGCACUCCACGUGGCCCUUUCUGCCACCUCCAGGGAUGCACCGUGGACUUCAGACAGAGAGGGAGAGGAAGAAGGUGUCUGGGCAGCUCGGAGAUUCUCAGCUUGCUCUCCUGGGGAUGCUCCUAUCUGCUGCCUUGUGCUUCCCCAUCGCACAGGCCUGGGCACUCCCCAGCCCUGGGCUGGCUUUGGCCCUGAGUGGCAAUGUGCUCUCCACUUCACUUCUUUCCCCCUCCCUGUCUGUCUGGACCCCCAGAGUGGGGCCCCUUCCCAAGCCAGACCCUGGCCUUCUCCACGCUCGCACCUACCUCCCCCUGACCCUGAAAGAGAAAGCAGAUGAGGCACCUGUCGGCUGCCCCAGCCCUGUCACUGCAUGACCUGUUCUGGUGAAACCCUCAAGCAGCCAGAGCGGUGAAGAUCUGUGACCACUGGGGAUGGCCAGGGAGGGGUCCCGAGCCCUUCCUCAAUCUGUGCGGAUGUGGCUUGCCUCAUCCUUGCACCACCACAGCCUUGCCUGCCGGAUGCUGCGCCCCAGGCCUGGGGUCCCAACAUUGCACGUGCUCACUGUGGUGACACUUCAGCGUCCUUCUGGCUGGGGUCCUUUCUAGAACCAUCAUGAAAUCAGUGCAUUGCA